GGAGAAUUUAGAUAAGAAAGAUUAAUUUACAAAUAAAGUUAUUUCCAAGGCACAUAAAACGUAUUUACUUAAUAUAUAUAAAAAGUAAUAUCACAGAUAUGGUAGUGUUAGAAAAGAAAAAUCUAUUAGUUACAAUAGGUUAAGAUGGUUUUUUAAAAGUUAUUGAUUUAAAAGAAUUUACUGUUUUAAAAUCUUUUAAAGUAGAUGAAUUUUGUUUAAGUGUGAUAGUUGUAUUAAAAUAAGAUGAAAUAUUUGCAAUUGGAAGUUGGGGAUCAUAAAUACAUGUUUUUAAUAUAAAUUAUGGAAGCAAAGUAUAAGUUGUUUAAAGAUUUAAUAAUUCUGUCAGUUCUCUUGUUUAUUUAUAAAAGAAAAAAAUAUUGAUAACAGGAUCAUGGGAUUGUUCAUUAAAAAAAUUUGAAUGUUCAGAAAAUUAAAUUAAAUAAGAUACUGAAGAAAUGAUUGAUGAUUGGGAAGCUUAGAUUACUCAUAUUGCUGCUACUGAUGAUGAAUCCAUGAUUGCAGUUGGAGAUGUUGAUGGUAAAGUAAUUACAAUAAGUACCAGUAAUUGGACAUAAUAGAAUCAAUUUGAAAUUAAUGGAGAGAAAAUAGUUAAAUUACUAUUUUUUAAAACAAGUUUGCUUGUAGUAGGUGAUACAUAAAUUAAGAUGUUCAACAAUACUAGUUAAUUAUUGGAUUUUAAAAUAGAUAAAAAUAAUGGAAUUAUAACUGAUGUAUUAAUAGAUCGUGAGAAAUAUCUUGUUGUUAGUAAUAAUAUCUUAUAAUCUAUUAAGGUACAAAAAAAGGAUAUGUUGCAGUAUUUUCUAUGUUAUUAGAGAGUAAAUUAGGACAUCUAUUCACAGAUUAUUAGACUUAACCAGAUUUGAUGGUAAAUUAAGAUUAGUAGUUUACAAAAAUGUCAUUAUAAGAUAAAGCAUUAGUGUUGGCAAGUUAGAAUGGUAGUGUCAACAUAUUACAAUAUUGA